CUUCCGUGCCAGCAGAUGUCAGUAUUAGAAAUAUCGCCGCCCACCUGGUUUGUCUUGAACUUUGACCCUUAAAUAACCUUCAUUGGUGUACAUGUGUGAAAACAGAAGCGACACGCUGUCCGAGGGACCUGUAUAAUAUUAUAAAAUGGCUAAGUAUCUUGCACAGAUCAUAGUGAUGGGAGCACAGGUGGUGGGACGUGCGUUUGCUCGUGCUUUGAAGCAAGAAUAUGCAGCCAGUCAAGCAGCAGCGCAGGCCAGGAGCCGUAAUGGUCAGCAGUCUGCUGCAGCCUCUAGCAUCACUGGAAUGAGCCUGCAAGAGGCGCAGCAAAUCCUCAAUGUCUCCACACUCACCCCAGAGGAGAUUCAGAAGAACUACGAGCACCUUUUUAAAGUCAAUGACAAGUCAGUGGGCGGUUCUUUUUACCUGCAAUCAAAAGUGGUGCGGGCGAAAGAGCGUCUAGACGAGGAACUAAGUAUUCAGACAAAAAACCAGCAGUCACAGCAGAAUAUGGAAACAUGAAGUAUGAAAUGAUGCUCUCCCUGUCUUUCCUCUCCCCAUCCUCUGUAAAUUAUAACCCAAUAAAAGCCUUCUGUUUUUUUUUA